UAAAAUGGGACACUUUAAUUUCUUCUCAGUCCAUCACUUCAACAUUACCGGCGUCACCAUUACGGCUCCCGGCGAUAGCCCAAACACUAAUGGUAUUAAGUUUGGUUUCUCUAGCAAUAUUCACAUCUCUAAUACAUUCAUCGGUACUGGAGACGAUUGUAUCGCCAUCCUUUCGGGAAACACUAACAUGGAUAUCUCUAACGUCAAGUGUGGUCCCGGACACAAGAUUAGUGUCGGAAGUUUGGGGAAGAACAAAGACGAGAAGGAUGUUACAGGUUUAAUGAUAAGAGACACCGUUUCUAAUGGCACAAGCGAUGCUUCAAAGAUCAUCGUCUCUAACUUUGUGUUCGAGAAUAUUCAAAUGAUUGAUGUUGGAAACCAAUUAACAUCAGAGGGAGAGUCUAACGUUCAGGUACAAGAUAUUAAGUUAAAAAACAUAUAUGGGACCUCGAAGAACAAAGUGGCAGUGAAUCUACAAUGCAGCAAGAGCUUUCCAUGCAAGAACGUGGAGCUAGUUGACAUUAACCUAGAGCAUAACAGAGUCGAAGAUGGUCCUUCUACUGCAGUGUGCGAAAAUGUUGACAGUUCUGCUCAUAGUAAGAUGGUUCAUCAG